AAGUGGAUACAGGUACCCAUGUAUUAGAGGGUUGAACAAUAACAAUGAUGAAUAGAGGGAUUUAUGUAGUUGGUGCUUUGAUGUGCAUGAUGAAUUGUGUAGGUUCAGCCCAACCCUUGUUUGUGUUGGGUGAUUCUUCUGUUGAUUGUGGAGAAAACACUCUGUUUUACCCAAUUCUUCACCACAAUCUUUCUUUGCUCCCUUGUAACGGAUCCGAUUCCUCUCUUCUUCCUCAUCUUCUUGCUGAGAAAAUGGGGUUGCCAAAUAUUCCACCAUUCUACAGCCAAAAUAGAUCUAUGCAAGUGUUCUUCAGUGGUUUGAAUUACGGUUCAGCACAAGCAACUAUAAUGAAUCCCAGCGGCCAGAUCCACCAGUCUCUUAACCAACAGCUACGCCAAGUAUUUGAGACCAUGCAGCUCUUGCAGCUGCAACUUGGCGAGGAAAUUGCUGACUAUUUCAUCAACUCCUCCAUAUUCUACCUAUCCUUUGGCAAAGAUGAUUACAUUGACCUCUUUCUCCACAAUUCAUCAGGUGUAAUGGUCAAGUACACUGGCCAAGAAUUUGCUGGCAUUUUGGUGAACCAGAUGGUACAUGCUAUGAGGAAUCUGUAUGAUGCAAACGUGAGGAAAAUGAUAUGCAUUGGAAUACUGCCUUUGGGGUGCACGCCACGUGUAAUGUGGGAGUGGCAUAAUUCAGCUGGAGUUGAUGAUGGAAGAGUUUGUGUGGAGGAAAUCAAUGAGUUGGUUUUGGAAUACAACACAAUGCUGGAAGAGCACAUUGUUGAACUUAAUUCUGAGUUGCCAGAUGUUCAGAUCAUCUUCUGUGAUGUUUACCAAGGAAUUAUCAAGAUGAUUACCAAUCCAACUUACUAUGGAUUUGAGGAUGCAAAGAGUGCUUGCUGUGGAAUUGGUUCAUUUGGGGCGAGGAUUGGUUGCCUUUCUGUUGAGAUGGCUUGUGAGCAGGCUUCAGCUUAUGUUUGGUGGGAUUUGUACAACCCAACACUAACUGUGAACUCCUUGCUUGCUGAUUCAGCCUGGUCAGGCCAACCAUUGUAUGGUAUGUGUCGUCCGUUUCCCAUCCAGGAUCUACUUCACACAUCAAUCUCCUGAGAGGCUCAUUUGAGAUGCAUUCAUGCUUUACCCAUUGAUUGGGAAAAUCAGAUUCAAUGUAAGUUUCUUCUGUGAGCUGUUUAUCCUUUAGACUCUUGCAGCAUCUUUCAUCACUUUCAAACAAGUUUACCAAGCUACUGCAAAUAGUGUUGUCAAAUUGAAAUAUAUACAUCACACUGAUCUGGUGUGUAACUGAUAUUCAAGCAUCAAUCUGAAAAUUGGAAAUGUUGUUUGAUAGGUCGUCUAGAUUUGAACUUCUUUUUUAUUGCAUUAUUAAUAUUGGCAUGGAAUAACCACUCAGUUUUGCAACAUGUUGA